AUGUCAGCCGAUUGCGCUGAGGCUACCAUUGCUAUCGGCGUCAGGGGUCCAGGCGAAAUGACGCACGGUCGUCAUGUCACGGUCCAGUCGGCGACAGACUCAAUCCGUACGAGGCAGGCCGCUCACCUGCACAUCGUUCUCCCGGCCCGGUUAGAACACAUGGCACACGCAAGGCGGGGACAGCGGGAAGGUUCGUUUGACAUGGAUAAGUUGGACAGCCCGCGGCGGAUGGAACAUGAACGCCAGCGGACGGGAGAUACCGUGGUGGUGGUGACUCUCACAAUAUGCUUUAAGCGACUUUGUUCGGGUCCAGGUCACGCCGUUUCGAAGACUUUUCUUCAGAGGACCGUUUCCGUUUACAGAUUCAUCAUUCCGUUGCUCUUUCAGUUUCCCAUAUCAUAUUCCCGUUCCCCGCCCGUUCAAAAAUUGCCGACGUUCAACGAAAUGCCUAGUUCCUCCCCGCAACCCCGCGAAAAAGCAGGCGGUUUCGUGGAGCUAAGAGAACAAGUCUCUCGACGGUUACAACGGACGCUGACGCCAACCUAGCGGGUAGCUAGGCGGUACAAGAAGAGAACCUAUAUGCAUACGGGCUAGGUGCAGCUCCGUCUUCAGAUCGCCAGAUCAUAAGAUGGGCACAAUGGCCUAAUAAAUGGCGAACAGAGUCGUCAAGUCAUUGACGCAAGAGGCGUGCAUUCACGUUAUGCCUUCCCGUUGGGAGAAGAUCCUCAUUACGAAGUACUUCGUGCGGACUUGAGAAACAGGAAUAGGAAAAUGACAGACGAACGGGG